AGAAAUUCCACGUUCAGUGCACUGUUUCCUCACACACACACACACACACGAUUUGAUUUGCACUGUGACUCACGCAAGACAUUUGUAUGGACUGUAACCACUGCGCGAAAGCAACUUAACGACAGCCAUGGACGAAGUUUUAGAUGAAGUUGUUCCUACAGAAGAUUUGAAGAAAUAUGAAAAGGUUUAUCAUGAGCAGCUGAGCAGUGGAAACAUAACACAAAAAGCUCAGUUUGAGUAUGCAUGGUGCCUAGUACGUAGCAAAUACUCUGGCGACAUCCGUAAAGGCCUUAUUCUUCUUGAAGAGCUCUUCCACACUGAUAAGGAAGAAAGCAAAAGGGAUUAUUUGUAUUAUCUUGCUAUUGGUAAUGCAAGAAUAAAGGAAUACAACAAGGCACUUCAAUAUGUUCGAGGUUUUCUCCAGAUUGAACCUGGUAAUCAUCAAGUUCAUGACCUUGAGGUUGUCAUCAAACGAAGAAUGGAAAAAGAGGGGCUUGUUGGAGUAGCACUAACCGGUGGCAUUGUACUUGGUAUCGCUGGGGUUGUGGGUCUUGCAUUGGCCCUUGCCAAGAAGAAAUAAAUGUUUAUUUUACUUUAUCAUUUUGUUGCAAAAUUCGUUAUGUAUCAACAGUUUUAGUCAAGGACACUAAAAUAUCCUCAUUGUCUCAGGAGCAGCAGCCUGUACCAAAGUUUUCAAACAACUCAUGCAGACUUUUUUUUGUCCAAAAAAAAAUAAAAUUUUGUCGUAAUGUUUAACUUUGUGAAAGGUAUAGCCUUGACUUUUGUGAUCUGAUAAUUAUGGGCUAGCGAAAUGUUAGGUUCCAUUUCCUGAACACAUAUUUGCUUCAUUUUCUGUGCACCAGAUGUGUGGUCUUGACAAAAGAUUACAUAUGAUCUGUAAAUUAAAAAGAAUUGCCUGUUUUAUGAUAGAUUUUUGUCUGCUUGUUUUACAUCUGUGUUUUCCUUAAUUUAUCCAAAAGUAAAUCACAAGUUUAAUUCAAAAGUAAAGAAGUCAUGGAGUAUCAUUUUACUUUGCUGAAUGUCCUUAAAAUAACCUGUUCCAGUUGUCAGCCUAAUCAUUGAGCUUGAAAGCCGCCUUCAGUAUAAAUACUUCUGUUUAUUGCAAUUUUGGUAAUCUAGGUAGUGUUUUGUAUUAACAAAUUUCAGUAUCAGCCCUACAUUGGUGUGAAACAAAUUUAUUUUAUGUUUGACUGAGCCAUCUCCUUUCCAUUGUUUAGCAUUUUACAAGGACUCUAGAGUGAUUCUUUCAGGAUGUUCUAAUCUUGCUUUACUACAAUUUUUGAAGUACCUAUUCUUAUGCACCAUAGUGUGAUUGUAUGUGAAAUGAAUGAAUGAAAUAUUCUUUGUUAACUGUCAUCAUUGGGUUUUUGGUUAUCUAUGGGAUUGGAAUUUUCAAUAACGGCAUGGCCUACUACAUUUGUGUCAAAGAAUUUUAUAAAAACCAACAACAAAAAUAUUCAUUCCCUAUACAUUCUAUUAACCUUUGUGAUUGCUUUGUAAUUGUACUCUGGAGAUCCUUGGGUACUUUGCAUAGCACUGUAAUUGUACAUAUUGCUAAGGUAUUUCCUUUGGCAUGUAUAGUAUUUGAACUUGUUUGAUGUAGAGCGUCAAUAUAAUUGUGAAUCCAUUGGGUAUUUUCCUUUGUUAGUUUUUAUUGCCCUAGUUUUAGAAACCUUUUGAAUGGUAGCAGUCUUUACCGUGUGAUAUAUACGACCAUGAUUGUUCGUUAAGAACUGAGUUACUCCUUAUCCUAGUAACAGUGUCUUGCAAAAGGCCAAACCAAGAUUAAGGCUUGUAAUUUUUUAAGGAGUGCUCUCACACCAUUGCAAUCUUGUCUGAUUUUUAGCAUUUACUUUGAAUUCUUUAUUGUUUUCCAGAAAAAGCAUGUUACUGACGGUAUUUUCUUUUUCCUUCAAAUGUUUCAGAGGAUUUUUCAAUGGUCCAAUGACCCCAAAAUGCUUCUGCCAGUCCCCAAGGAAAAUAAUUUUCUCAAAUUUUCUCACCAUGACGUCUGUGUGAACCUUUUUUUUUUUUUAAUUUUUGCACUUGAAAGGUUACUGGUGAUGUCAAUAAAUGUCAUAUUGACCCCAUUGAGAAAUCUUUGACAAUUUUACGAGUAACUUGUUAGCCUUGUCCCUUUGUUCCCGAUCGCUUCAUCUAUGAGCUACACUAUGAUUGUAAUGGCACCAAUUCCAAGCCUAAAUAUAUCUUGGGAAUUCAUUGAGCUGAUUUACAGGUGUGAGAAGUGGUUCAAAUGUUGUUGAUAAUUUAUUUAUAGACUGAAAAGCUUUUUAACAUUCUGCAAACAAAUUUACAGUUGUUAAAAAAAUUGUCACAAACUGGUUGAUUAUUUGCUUAACUCACUGUAAAAAUCACGCCAAAGACUUGUAAAGCUGGUGUUAUCUAUUACCUGUCUUCAAUAAACACAAUUAUUUUCUAAAUCA